CGCCCUCACCUCUCUACCUUACUCACCGCACGGUAACUGCCGAACACAACGGCAGCCAACAACGGAGGUCGUCACUCGUCACUCGUCACUCGUCACUCUCCUCCCCAGCUCCUCUGUUUUGUCCCCGCGCCGUCAGUGUUUGGUGCCUCUGCUUCCUCCGCUCCUGUGCUCGCCUCUGACUCCUCUGUCUGUGUUGUCCCGGCCGCCUUGGCUUCGCAGUGCCUCGCCUGUCUCUGCUUUCCCGUCGUCAUUGUGUUGGCUCCUCUUCGAAGCUCUGCUCUCUCUCGCAGGCGGCUUGCUCUGCAACGGUGCAACACUGCAACGACCCCAAGUUCUUUCUGCUUCUGCUGUAGGCUUCGGAGGCUUUUGGUGAAAAGCCUGAAAAGGUUUUCCGGUUUAGGGUUUUGUGCUGUUGGAAUAAGAUAGGUGUUGUAGGAGAAAACCCAAUUAAAACAAAAUUGCCAUACAUGUAAUGCAGUCUUGUGCGAUGUGUGUCAUCUGAUCAUCUCCUCAAACGCUAAACGCCACCGUUUUUGCCUUCCCACCUGACUCCAACAAAAGCUCCUCCUCACACAAAGAAUUGAACAUUUUCCUAUUUUUUCCUUUCCUUUUUGGAAGAUACAAUUCCCAUGGAAGCUCAAAAAAUCCUCUCUAGGUUUUGCCCCAAAACCCCGUCACUCCUGCUACCCUCUCAUAAAAAGCUUCAUACUUUACCUUAUGUUGGGCCCAAGAACCUUGGGAUUCUGAGAUUGGGGUGCAGUUACACUGAGGGAAAGAAGAAGAGGGUCUUUUGUGUGAGGAGGACGGUAGAAGAAGAAGAAGCAAAGGAGGUGAAAGUUGGGGCCACUGUGCCGGUGAGGAGGAAGAAGCUGGCAGUUUUCGUGUCUGGUGGAGGGUCCAACUUCAAGUCCAUUCAUGAGGCUUCGUUGAAGGGUUCACUCCAUGGUGAUGUUCUUGUUUUGGUCACAAAUAAACCUGAUUGUGGAGGUGCUGAGUAUGCAAGAAAUAAUGGUAUCCCAGUUGUUGUGUUCCCUAAAGUAAAGGAUGGAUCCGAUGGGCUAUCUCCAAGUGAGCUUGUUGACACACUAAGGAGUUUCCAACUUGAUUUUAUUCUUUUAGCUGGAUUCCUCAAACUUAUACCAGUUGAAUUGAUUCGGGCUUAUGAAAAGUCCAUAUUAAAUAUUCAUCCAUCACUUCUUCCAGCUUUUGGAGGCAAAGGAUACUAUGGUAUGAAGGUGCACAAAGCAGUAAUUGCUUCGGGCGCAAGAUAUUCAGGUCCUACAAUUCAUUUCGUUGACGAACAUUAUGACACGGGGUGUAUCCUUGCUCAAUGUGCCAUCCCUGUACUGGCUAAUGACACUGCAGAGGAGUUGGCUUCCAGGGUUCUCAAGGAGGAACACCGGUUAUACGUGGAGGUGGUCGAAGCUUUGUGCGAAGAGCGUAUAGUUUGGAGGGAAGACGGUGUCCCUCUCAUCCGAAGCAAAGAUAACCCCAAUGAGUUCUGCUAAUUAUGGGGAUUUCGCUAUCUAUGGAACUUCAGAAAUACAUAAAUAAUUAGCUAAUCAAAGAAUUAAUAAAUGAGCAAUUAGGGGGGCGAUCCUUCAAGGGGUCCACAAACCCUUGAAGAAUAAUCUAAUAAUCUAAUUAGGAACUCACAAACAUCUCUUUUGAAUUGUAUAUAUAAACUUGUUAUAAUUUUUCUUUCCCAAUGGAUGAUGAGGGCUGAUGACUUCAUAUUUCAUAAUUUUGGACCCCUUUUACCCCAUACUAGAAACUUGGCAUCUCAUAUUCCCAUCUUAGUA